AUGGCGAUCCAGUGAGGAGCUGUCAAAAAUUUAUUGUCAGGAAACGUAAUUUAUUAAUUUGAGAAAGCGAUCGCGAAUGUGACAGGUCUCAAUAACGCAAGCAGAAUGCAAGCAACCUGGUUUUAUUGCCAUCUCAUUUGGAGUGUUUGGUGUUUUCUACAAGUUACUGCUGCGGAUUAUGUCACAUUGACACAUAAUGGACCAGUUGUGUUGGGCGGUACAAUCACCUUCUGGGCGGAUUUGUAUACAAAAGAUAACGAACGACCAAAAGGAACCUUCAGAUACACGUGGACUGAUAAUUCAUUAAUAAAACAUGAAUAUCAGACUGAAAAAACAUCAAACACAACAAGUGUUUGGAGCAUUAAUUAUCCGCAAAAAGACUGUAUUCCCGGAAAAUAUACUGCAGAAAUAAAAGUUGAAUAUCUCAGCUUGGGAAUUUUUUGGAUGUUUGACACAAGUUCUCGCAUUUCCUUUGAGAUCACAGAAUUUCUUAAUGGUGAGAUAAUGAUAAUACAAGCUAACAAAACAGUAAAUACUAAUAAAACGGGAGACUAUAUUAGUUCCACAAAUGAGACAAAACUGAUGAUAGAUUUGAAUGAAGCAGAUUACAACUUUGUAACUCAAAACGCAACAUCAAUAUCGACAUAUUGGUUUAUUGAUUGCAAAUAUUACGGGCAAACAAACGACUUCACUUUUGUUUAUAAUUUUACAAAUCCCGGUGUGACUCACGAGAUAGGAGCUCUGGUGAUUGCUUCGUACAAUUCAGUAACAACCACAACUACAGUCUUACCGCCUACAACUACAGUAGACCCCUUCGAUGUGACAGCACCUGUGUCCAAUACUACUGCAGUAAAUAAUAUUACAAUAAAUCCAAACGUGACUUAUAUCGCAAAUGAAACGAGUACAAUAACAACCACAACAACCACCAUGUUACCACCAAUAGUUACAAGUGCAAACUCAACAACGUUUACGACAGCUGCUCCGAUUACCACAAGCACAAUGAAUGAUGUUAAUGUGUCUUUGCCUUACAUCUGCUCAAAUGCGUCUGUCAUUCCACCAGACCCUAAUAAAACAUAUGGAUAUUUCUACAAGACUAUUUACGUUCGUGCUCCACUGACGAAUAUCUCGGUGGAAGGUACAAAUUGGAUCCAACCGUGGGACAUGCUGUCACUUAAUGUGACGUGCAAAGGAUCAGGUCCAUUCUUCAAAUGUCUCGAAUUUCAUCGUGGCAAAUAUAACGUAACGGGAAACGAAACGUGUAACAACAAUGUCUCGGAGCAAUUAAAAUCUUGCAACUUCUCCAUCAUUCAUUAUUUUCUCGAACCGAGUGUAUACACGAUAUUGGUUAUAUUAGAAAACGAAGUUAGCAAACAGAUUUAUCCCUUAACAAUCAAUAUUUAUAAAGUUACAACAAAACCGCAGUUAUCGGUAAUCGUGGUGCCGGUCUCCUGCUCGCUUGUGGCCGUGGUGCUGAUAGUGUUCGGCGUGGCGUAUUAUAUUCAGAACAGAGCGAGAUUCACGGUGGAAGUCGCGGACUUCGACUUCGGUCAGAGUAAUCCAGAAAUGGAGUACAAAACGUUCACAGAACGUUUGCGCGACUCGUUCAAUAACACUGGAUACAAACCACUUGGCAAUCCGCAGAUACUUCAGUAACAUACGGAGCAAGAAGCAACGUUUUGGAAAACCUAAACUAAUGAAAGUUUCUCCGAAGAAUGAGUAGAAACGAGGACACGCGAACUCUUCGCGAAAACAUUCAUCAACUCAUUUUAUAACGGUGGCGAACAAAUUCUUUAGAUUUUGUGUCUCUGUGCCAAUGGUGUAAACAAGCUUCUUUCAAGGUUGACAUUAUGAAAGUCAUAAAAAAAAAAAAAAAAGACACUGGUGAAUAUCAUAGAGUUGUUCGAAAACCACCUUUGCGAACAACGAGUUCAGAAUGUACAUAAA